AACCCGUCUUGCAACCAACCAUCGUCGGCGGCGCCAAUGAGCAUGGCCGUGACGGAGAGCACCCCCCUAUGUGCGACGGAGACCCUCAUUUCGAAACGAAAGCGACGCCAUUACCGCACUUCAGUCGUCCCGAUACACUGGCAGCUUCGGUCAUUAAUCGGUAGUGGUCGCGAUGGGAUCAUCUAUUUCGCCACUGGUAAUGGCAACCUCCACCUGCAAAGGCUAGACACCAAGUCUCUCGAGACCGAAACCAUACAACUUUUAUCCUUCUCCCCCCGCUGUCUCGUGGCUCAAAAUGGAUGGGUUUGCUGCGGUGGGGAGACGGGUGAGUUCGUUGCCGUACAGGUCGAACAUCAAAAUACUAAUCGCAGAGGCUCCUUGCCUGAUCGAAAUUCUUCCCCUAUACCUUUUGCCACCGGCAGGUCCGAUGCAUCGAUGAUACAAUUCCCACGUUCCCACCUCAUUGCGCCCAUGCCGCGGAAUAAGGUUUACGGCAAGGAGCGCGUCAAUUGUAUAACGCUAUGGUUCCCGCAAGACUACGUACAAUCGCACGAACGUGCUUACAAGUCGCCGGUUGCUGUGCUAGCAAACAACGAUAAGCACGUUACCAUUGUUGAUCUCCAGACCAUGGACAGUAUCGACACUCUACAGUACCCAGACUGUGUGAAUCGAGCACUCAUCUCUCCCGAUGGACAGCUCCUCGUUGCGGUCGGUGACGACCCGUAUCUCUACGUUCAUGAGCGCAUGGAUACGCCCGAAACUAGCCCGGGGGAUGAUGUAUCAAUGGAGCGGUCCAUAUGCUCUUGGAACCUAGUGCAAAAGGUCCAUUUGAAAAGCCAGAAGAAGCAUGACAAAUCAGAUCAUCGCGGUAGUUUUGCCGCUUGCUUCUCUAACACAGGCUCAUAUCUCGCAGUAGGGACACAGUAUGGCAUGAUCUCUAUAUUUGAAACAUCUGCCCUAUUAGAACAUGGGGAGGACGCGCUUCGCGCCUACUUCCCCUCUUCAAGGCCAGCAGCCGAGAAUGCCUCUCCUCAUGACCCUCUUUCGGCCCUGGGUGCAGUGCGGGAGAUGGCAUUUUCCCCCGGCCCACAUGACAUUCUGGCGUGGUCGGAAGACCGUGGCCGAGCGGGGGUUGCGGACUUGCGCUCCGGAUUCGCCACACGUCAAAUACUCUAUCUCGAUGGACAAGACAAGGCCAUGGAGCAUUUGGAUAUAGCUGACAAGAGCGUUAUUGACCCAAGAAGAUUGGACCCACAUACGUCCCGAUCUGGCACAGUGGCUGGGGAUCUACUAAGAACGCCGGAUACUUCGGAUUCUGGAGGCCAGCGUACUCGUCAAGAGGACAGUUACCAAAGCCCGCUGACCGGAGAAGAAACCCAGGUUCUGGAGGCGCUGCAGGAGCAUAGGAGACGGCGAGAACAGCGAGCGGCGGCGGCUCGAGAAUUGAUGAGACACCGAUACAGUUCGACAACUACAACCCCAUAUUUAGCGAGGGUUGGCGCAACGGCUGGGGCGGAGUCGAGGUCGGCAGUACCACCGCCGCCUGCCCAGUUGACCGACAGCGAGAGAGAACGGGAAGCGGAACGUCGCAUGACCAGGGCGCGAACAGCGCGUGGGAUAGAGCCGAGGCCAGCACUACCUCCGGCGCCUGCUCAGUUGACCGACAGUGAGAGAGCACGCUGGGAAUCGGAACGUCGCGAUGCGUUGGCCGACUUUUUAAUCAGUGAGGCGACUAAUCGUACCGAGGAACCAUCACGCCUUGGUGGGCAAAUAUUGAACCCCGUCACUAGAGUAUAUCUGCAGCAAGUACAGCAGAGGAAUGCACGCGAGGAGCGCCUUUCGCGACAACGGAGAGGACCGGAAAGGCGGCCGGCACGCAGCGAGGAGGAAGCCUCGCAAGGGCAGGAACAAGAGGCGAGAGGGAAUGAUGACUUUGCAGGCCAAAGGCGAGAGCAGAACGUUGACGCACACAGGGAGCUUGUCCAGCGGUUUCUCCGUGACAGUGAGGAGGAAACGCCAUCAUCAAGCACCACUACGGAGCGCUAUUGGACGGAGCGGUAUCGAGCCAGUGUUGGGAUGGCUCCAGACUCGAACGCAGCCUCUAGAGUAGACCCCGGGACGGUGCAAAGCAGGGGUUCGACCACACAAUCCGAUUCGGCGCGAGAUCCCGACUGGAUGGCGGGACUCCCGAUAACCAUUCAGCUUCCAGGGCGCCGAUCAAACAAUGCUGCGCGUACGACUACGGGUACAACGGGUACUGACAACGCGGCUGGCAACACGCGAAUAAGCAGCUGGGGUGAAUUGGGAGCUCUUUACGGGGCAAUGUCCAACAUUGCCGUUUCCAAUCACCAACUCGGUGGAAGCGAACUUCCCAUUUACAUGAACGAAACGACCGCCGAGCCUCGGCAGGCUUCGAGCAAUGCGGCGACCAUUGCAUCGCUGAGGGAUCACGCGCUGAGAGAUCACGAGACGGCUUGGUUUUCAUUAUUGAGGCAGGUUGGGAUGCACACGAACAGAACCACAACCAGGACGGCGGGCGAUGAAACUGCCGGAUUGACCUGGAGUAACGACGGAUCAACUUUGUACGUCGGUGCCGUGGACGGCAUAUAUGAGUUCCACGUAGACAUACAGUCGCGCAAGUUUAAUCCAAGCAUUCAACUGCGCUGA